GUCACCCAAGACCUCGAGUUUGUUAUCCUUUGGAAAAACUUCUAGUUUAUAAUCAUAAGCUUCGAAGAUGAACUCAGACGAGUUGAUGCCCGAUUCGGCUGCGGCUACGAUUCCCGCCAACAAUAGCAUCGGCAACGGUAACAGCAGCGCUGCAGUUACAUGGAAUACCAAAAAGUUUAGGGACGACUAUGAUAUGCUCAAGAUAAGACUAAGUGAUCAGAGAUUUAGCUCAACCAACUUCAGAGACCCUCUUAUGCCUUGUCCUCCCCAUCAUAGGCAAUACCCAGGACAUAACACACCUGCAGUAGAGAAGCGUCUGAAGGAGUUAAUGACCAGGAUUAAAGGUAGCCUUGGUGGUGAUUUCAGGUGAUACAGGCCUACCUAGGUAUCACAGGAGCACUGAGGGAUGGAAAAGGAUUACUCUGUUUGUGUUUUGGAAGCACCUAGCAGGAGAAGUUACAUAGGCACUCAGAUCCAUCAAGGUUAAAGAGUAGUAUAUACACUCUCCAGGAUCAAGUACAUCUAGGCAUAAAGAGCCGCAUGUCUU